AUGACAAAUCAGCUAAACUUGGUAAUUGUUGCCACCCUGGCAAUCGCUGUUACCUCUUCUUUUGCCCAAAGUUGGCUCGAGCCAACUUUCUACCUGUACACUCGAGCUAACCGAGGCAACAAUGCCCCUGAAACGCUGAAGUACCAAAGCUCGAGCAGCAUCGAGGCGUCGCACUUCAACGGCGCCGUUCCGACGAAGGUGAUCACCCACGGCUACUUUGACAGCAGCAGCCGGGGAAAGUGGAUGGAGGAGAUGGCGGGAAGGAUGCUCGACGCUGAAGACGUCAACGUCAUCAUCGUCGACUGGAGCAACGCCAAUCGAGGCUUCUACCCGGUGGCCGUAGCUAAUGCCAAGCUGGUGGGCGCCAUGGUCGGUCGGGAGAUUGAGCUGCUGGGCCAGACGACCAACGCCUCUGCUGGCUCCUUUCACCUUCUAGGUCACUCCUUGGGCGGCCACCUGGUCUCCUUUGCGGGAAAGCACCUCAAGGGGGCGCUGGGCCGGAUUACCGGCCUCGACCCGGCGGGGCCCUCCUUUCAGGGUCGGCCCAGCUGGGACCGCCUCUGGCCGACUGACGCCCAGUUCGUCGAUGUCAUCCACACUGACGGCAACAAUCUGGGCAUGUGGGAGACGACCGGUCACCUGGACUUCUACCCGAACGGCGGCGUGGCCACUCAGCCCGGCUGCAAUGAGGAGAGGACCAGCGAGUAA